AAACAAAAUCCAAACUUGAAAAAUCAAAAAACAGAGAGGGUUAGGGUUUCUGUCAUCGAAUCAGGUGGUUCAAUGGAGGGAUUGAAGGUAUCGGAUGCGAAAUUGGUGGUAUAUGUUCACCCAUCGAAGGCCAACAAGGUCUCUCAAGCCAUCCUUCGUGAACUCAGCUCAUUGCUCUUCAAGUUUAAUGAAACUUUCGAUGGUGUUGUAUUGGCUUACGAUGUCAAUCUCCCUAGUAAAAUUGCGAGGAUUCUUCCUGGAAUUCAUCCUUACUUUGGCGUGAGACUAGAAGCAAAACUGUUGCUUUUUCAUCCAAAGCCAAACAUGCUUUUGGAAGGGAUGGUAGUGAAACUUGGCCAACAAUCUAUUCAUGUUAUAGUUCUUGGUUUUUCGUCUGCUACCAUAACAGAGGAAGACAUUCGUGAUGAAUUCAAAUAUAAAGUUAAACAUGGCAAGGAAGUAUUUGCUAGCACAUCUCACAAACGGCAUAAAAUAAAAGUUGGAACCAUUUUACGUUUCUUAGUCAAGAGUUUUGAUGAAGAGAUACUCCAUAUUUCUGGGUCUUUACUCCCAGCUCACACAGGAAGCAUCCAGUGGUUGGAUAAAAAUUUGGAAGACGGCUCACACAUUGACAGGAGUACCAAGAAGCGGAAAGAAAGUGAGGGAAGACGGGAAAUGCAGGAGCAUGAGAAAGAGAUGGUUGAUGUGGCAGCAUUUUCCAUGAACACUGAUCGUAGACAUAAGAAGUCAAAGAGACCGAAAAGUGGUGAAGAUUCUUGAAGACUGAUGCAGAGUGUGGAUGUUCUUAAGCCACAGAUUCUUCUAGGCUUGGCAAGUUUGAUUCUCUGGAAGUGAUUGUCAGAACCUAGUAGCCCGUUGUUUUUGCAUCCUACACAUGUGGCUUAAAAAUGGAAAUUUGAGGAGAAUAUACAUCAUUAUGUUAGUUGGGAGUCUUUGGGUGAUCCGCAGUUGCAGAUUUAGGGGGAAAGAAGUUGUUUAGAAGCAUAGAACUGAAAUUGUUAAAUCAUAGAAUACAGAAUUUACCAUUAUUUGUGAAAAUGAAUUUAUUUUUUGUAAUAGUGUUUUUAUUCUUCUCAUUUUGUUGUAUGGCGACAAUAUUUAAUGAUAUGGAAGAGAAACUAGGUUGGCGCAAA